AUGGCCAAUCAUAGUUCGGUCCAAAUUCCAGGAAGGGAGAUUAACAAAAGCCCUACCUUCGCAAGAGAGAAGGAAUUGCUCGACGUCUUUGAAAAUAACUACGGGUUCGCUGUAGAGAGCUUUGUGAUCCAGACCAAUGAUUCAAAGACAAAUAUCAUAUUCGGACUCCAGUCGGCAAUCCGGAGCUUCCUGAAUAAAUGGGACGAUAAGGAUUCUCUGAACAUCUUUGUCUAUUCGGGCCACGGCAUCUUAAUGGAACAAGGAAAAUCUAGCGAUUAUAUGAUUGCAAUAUUGGCUCAGGAGUUACGGGAGCUCGACGGCGCUCCUUGUUCGGUCGCGCACAUCUUCGCAAAGAUACACAGAGGCGCCUACGAAAACCAGAUCAAACAAGCACCCAUCUAUGUGCCACAUGCGACAAAAAGCAACAUUAUCCUGCAGAAGAUGGAGGCUCCGAGCGAGACAAAGCUGGGCAAGACUAGGCCAACCAAGAAGCUGAAGACACAACAGAUCGGGCCUUUGAAGCACGGUGAGGAGCGCGUACUGAUCUCCCUCUGAAAGACG